AGACUACCCUUACACUACUGUACCGAACCAAGUACACCGACUGUUCCGAGCUCAACAGCUCCAUGAUCGCAAGCACUAUGACGAACGCAUGUCUGCGGACCCAGAGACGAGGAAAAAGAUGGAGCAAAUCGACUAUCUACGACCGAUAAUAGCAGACGCUGACACGGGGCAUGGAGGUAUUUCGACCGUCAUGAAAUUGGCCAAGAUAUUUGCCGAGUCUGGUGCAUCAGCUAUUCAUCUAGAAGACCAACUACAUGGUGGUAAAAAAUGUGGACAUCAAGCCGGCAAGGUCAUCGUACCCACCUCGACACAUAUCACUCGUUUGAUCGCUUCCCGGUUCCAACUCGACGUCAUUGGGUCUACCAUGCACCUUAUAGCGCGAACCGACUCUGAAUCCGCCAAACUCAUCUCUUCUACGGUCGACAAGAACGAUCACGAGUUCAUCCUUGGGACUACCGUAGAAGGCUCGGCACUUGCAGAAGUACUGGAUGAUGCUGAAGCAAAGGGAUUGAAUGGACCAGAAGUCGACAAGGUGGAAAAGAGCUGGCUAGAUACUCAUCCCCUCGUCACCUUUGAUGAGGCCGUCAAGCAAGAGAUUUCCAAAUCUGAACUGUCAAACAAGGAUGCCGCUUUCGAAGAAUACAAGCGUCUCUCUACUGGCAAGUCGAACGGUGAGGCUAGGAGAGCGGCCAAGCAGAAUGGUCGUACAAGAGUCGAUAGACUCACGAAAGAUCCGGGCCGACUUC